AUGUCUGGAUUGCAAGCCGUCAAGUAUACUCGAGGCCGCCUCGAGGUUCUCGACCAGUUGAGACUUCCCCACGAGUUCCACUACGAUGAGGUCUCGACGAGCGAAGAGGCAUUUGACUGCAUCAAGUCAAUGAGAGUCCGUGGUGCCCCAGCCAUUGCCAUUGUCGCCGCCCUCGCGCACGCUGUCGAACUCCACAACGGAAGCUGCACCGCCUCUUCUGCGCAAGAUACCGUCUCCUAUAUCGAUUCGCGGCUGGAUUAUCUCAAAGAAAGCAGACCUACCGCCGUCGACCUGACCAACGCCAUCAACCAGCUCAAGGCUCGUAUUCGCACUGCGCCCCAAGACGACGCCAAGAGUAUUAUUGCUGCGUACAUUGAAGAGGCUGAGAAAAUCCUGCAGAAGGAUCUCCAGACCAACCUCUCCAUUGGUGACCAUGGAGCCCAGUGGCUGAAGGAGACGGCCAACGCAUCCCCCGAGUCCAAGAUCUCCGUUCUUACUCACUGCAACACCGGUUCCCUGGCAACAUCGGGUCAUGGAACCGCCCUCGGCAUCAUCAGAACUCUCUACUCCAACAACCUGCUGCAGCACGCAUACUGCACCGAGACGAGACCUUACAACCAGGGCAGCAGACUGACUGCCUUUGAACUCGUUUACGAGAAGAUCCCCAGCACCCUUGUCACGGACUCAAUGGCCGCCGCGCUGUUCGCUCUGCAGAGGGAGAAGAUGAACAUUGCUGCUGUCAUCGUAGGCGCUGAUCGUGUUGUCCGCAACGGCGACACCGCCAACAAGAUCGGCACGUACCAGCUGGCUGUUCUGGCCAAGCACCACGGCGUCAAGUUCAUUGUCGCGGCCCCCACCACCAGUAUCGAUCUGGAGACGGAGACUGGCGCCGGCAUCAAGAUCGAAGAGCGCAAGAGUGAGGAACUGACGCAGAUUUCGGGUGCUGUCGUCCAGGCCGACGGCAGUGUUGAUGUUUCGCAGACUGCCCGCGUGGCUACGGCCGACCAGCGCAUCAACGUCUGGAACCCUGCCUUUGACGUGACUCCUCACGACUUGAUUGAUGCUGUUGUCACGGAGAAGGGUGCUGUAGUUAAGAACGCCGAGGGCAAGUUUGAUUUCCGUCACGUCAUGCCAGAGAGAUGGGCGCAGGUUGUUGGCCAGUAA